AUGCGGACAGCUGCAGGCAUAUGGAAAUGGUUGGUAGCUACUGGUAACACCCAUGGUCUUAGUGCAACUCAGGUGCAUGACCAUCUUAAAAGGAUGAUGAAGAUUGAAAAAGCGGCACAAGAGGGUGAUGAGGUGGAGGCACAAGAGGGACAGGUGGAGGCACAAGAGGGUGAUGAGGUGUAG